CUUUAUCUCUCCUCAUCCCCCAUUUUCCCAUUUUCCUUGCCCUUCGUGAACGCAGCGACAGAGGGCAUGACGAGAAAGUUCAUCGGCGCCGUGAAGGAUGAGUGGCAACUGUACAGCAACGACCCCGCCGAUUACACCAUCGGUGCGCCCAUCGGCUUCGGGGCGUCGUCCACCGUCUAUGCUGCUCAGUACCAGCCUGCGGCCACGCAGCAGCCCGUCCCAUGUGCGCUCAAAGUACUCGAUCUCGACCGCUUGCCGCCACACGCUUUGCGACUCUUGCAGCGCGAGACGCAGCUCAUGUCGCUGUCCAAGCAUCCAAAUGUGCUCCGUGUCCGAGGAACGUGGAUGAAUGGCCAUAAGCUGUACAUCGCGAUGCGACUCAUGAACGCCGGGAGUGUCGUCGACGUGAUGCGGUAUGCGUGGCCCGGCGGCAUGGAGGAGGAAGUUGUCAAAUGCAUACUGAAGCAGGCGCUGGAGGGACUCAACUAUCUCCACACGAACGGACUGAUGCACCGCGACGUGAAGCCUGCCAACUUGCUGAUCGAUGACGAUGGCACGGUCCUGCUCGGUGACCUCGGCGUUGCUGCAUUCCUCUGGGAUACAGAAGACACCCCUCCACCCUCGUACCACCAUCACCCACAUCAACAUCAACAUCACCAUCACUUUCAUCUUCAUAAUCAAUCCCACCAUUACUCACAUCCGCACGGACAUGUGUCUCCCAAACCCACUCUACGUGCCUCUCGUCCCGUCAUAUCGAAACGAAAGUCCUUCGUCGGAACACCCUGUUAUAUGGCUCCAGAGGUCAUCAACGGUCGCGCAUACGAUGCCUCCGCCGACAUCUGGUCUUUCGGCAUCACCGCUUUGGCUCUAACCCAAGGUCGCGCCCCGCGUUCGCUCGUCUCUCCACAAACAGCGCUCCUCCAAACCGUCCGCGACGCCGCACCCACGCUCGACCGCACCUCGGGCGUAUACACCUACUCCGGUGCACUGGCGGAGGCCAUCGCCGCAUGCCUCGAGAAGGACCCCACGAAGCGACCGACUGCGACAGAGCUGCUCGCGAUGCCGCUGUUCCGCCGUGCGAAGCGGAGAAGCUACCUUGUGGGAAAGGUGUUGGAGGGCCUGCCGCCACUCGCGAGCAGGAUGGAGCGGCGGAGGCUGCCGAGCGUGAUGACUCGCGGGACGGUGGAGAGCUGGGACUUUGGUGGGAGUGUAGCGGCUAGUCCGACGACGAGCGUGUAUAGCAGGAGGGUCUUCGCACAUGAUGAGGGAGAGGGAGAGAAGGUGGAUGUUGGUGAGAUGAAGGACAGUGAGAAGGCGAUAAGGAGGAGCAACGCAGAGGUGUAUAUGCGGUCAAGUCGCUCGCACUCGCGCAAUGCGUCCUGGAUGGACAACGAAGAUCGGCACAGCGUCAACUCGACACAUACACACUCGCAUCAGGAACAAAUACACGCACAUCCCGCACCCAUCGCGGAAGUUGAGCUUUCUACAAGCUGCAGUUUUCCGAGCAUCUCAGCCGAGUCUGAGUGCGAGUCGGAGAUAGACUCGAAGCCAUCGCACCUCAGAGCGACGUUGUCCAUCCCACCCAUCUCGCCACUCUCGUCGUCUCCCUCCAGUUCGUCCUACUCCUCCGCAUCCGCGUCGAACGCAGCGUCUCCUCCCGUUCGUUCGCCCGCAUCAGAGCGCGCGUCUCCUUUGGCAGAACCAAAGACCUCAGGCCGGCUUCGAAGGAUCUUUUCGGGCAAGUACGACGGGGACAAGAACAACGAAAAGCAGAAGGCCAGACGUGGGUCCAUGGGGAGCUGGACUGUGGAGAAGAAUGAUAAGGAGAAACUGCGGAGGAGUUGGUUGAACGAGAGGGACGCGCCUACUUCGUCUACUGGCGGUGCACAUGGAGUGGGUGUGGUGCGCCGAAAGACGCUAUCGAGACUUGUGCGGACGAUCAGCGUGCCAACGGCGCCAUCUGUGGAUGGUGAUGGUUUGCUACCCAAACCGAAAGUGAAGUAGUGCGGGCGCCUGUCUAGCGUGCCGCAUGUGCUAAUUUUGUAUUUCUAUUCUUUCACUUCGGUGCAUUGUUCACAUGCUAUGGUACCUAAUUGUAUACCCACGACAUUAAUUGGUACACUAAGAUCAAGUCUGAUAUGUAGUUCAGCUGGCAAUGCAC